ACAUCUCAUCACAGCGAGGAACGACCCCGACAUCGACAAAAAUGCCUUCCCAAAAGUCCUUCAGAACGAAGCGUAUCCUCGCCAAGGCCGGCCGUCAGAACAGGCCCAUCCCUCAGUGGUUCCGUCUAAAGACGGACACUAAAAUCCAAUAUAACGCUAAACGCCGUCACUGGAGGCGCACAAAGCUCAACAUCUGAGCAGCCUUCUCUUUCAUUCUCGAUGUUUAUGGCGCUGUGAAGUUGAGGUAGAGACAACACGGAGAGACGCAUCACACCAAUGCAACGCAGCAUGUAUCACCCCCUUACUGGCAUAUUAUGGCUAUACAACCACCUCCGCAUGCAAAUAUGACCUUUCUUUUUUCCUUGAGUCAUGUUUGUCUCCUUGGGACUCUCAUCGCCUAUAGUGCACUGUUGUAAUCAGUUCACAGUUGACAGAACGCAAACGAUGAUAUUGGCGUCCGCUUCUGA